CCCUCUGUAGGGUGACAGCAAUUCUGUCACUGCCGGUGGAGCUGGGAGAGAUCCCGUCCCUCCCAUGUGUGUUACCAGCAGAAGGGGACAAGAUGUCACCGCCAGUGAAAUGCCACCGGCAGGCAAGUGUGGGGUUAGUGCCGGCAGCGAGCAAGGAGCGGUGUUACGGGGGACAAGGACGGGGAAGCGUGUGCAAGCCAGGCUUUUGUGCUGGCUAAGGAAAGGCUUUGCUGUGCCCCUGGGUUAUUUCUGAGCGUGGGCAAGGUGCUGGGAAAGGGUAAAGCCUCCCUUAAAAAGAGGUGCGGGGAAACGAUGGAGUCAGCUGCGCUCCAGGUCUCAGUUAAAAGUAGGGAGUCGGGGAAUAAAUAAGGUUUUAUUCCGUUUUCUCAUUUUCAGAAGCAACCCUAAAAAAAUAGCCUGGAAGAAGGACUGAGGCAGGAGCCAGGGGGUGUACAGCACCCCCAAACUGCCCUCAAAGCCCUGUAGUCCUGGGCCACGGUGCAGGGCAGCAUCCCAGGCGCUGGGUGAACGCGUGGCAGAGCCGGGUGCCGGAGCGAGAGGCAGGGUUUGAAGCGAUCCUCGCACAGUGGCGUUGCAGGGAGGUGGGCAAAAUGUGAGGAGGGCAGCUCAUGUGUGCAGGUCUCAAGGUAGGAAGGCAACGAGAGUUUUUUCUUCCUCUUGGAAGAGCUCGUUCCCAUGCUUCCUGCAGCUCUCAGGGGCUGCACGUGCAGUGUUUCCCAAGGACCUGCCACCGGGCAGGUGCCUGUUGGGCUGUGCCACGUUUGCUUUCGCACGACGUUAUAAAACAGAGGUGCAGAAGCUUUCUCUGCUCAUUCCUGGAGGCCAAAAGCCACGUGGCUCAGUCUCUCCCUCGGGGGGCUGUCACUAUGGCUGGCCUGAACGUUUCCAUCGCCUUUUUUCUCCUGGUUGUCAGCAUGUGCGAGAUGCUCAGGCGGCUUUCCAAGAGGCUGCUGUCUCCUGGGGCGUACUGCUGCCUUGCUGGGGAGCUGACUGGGUCGCUGCAGCUCUGCUCGAGCUGCCUGGAGCUGAGGAUGCUGCUAGAGAUUGGCCCGUGGGGUGGUGGCUUUGGCCCUGAUGUGGUCUUCACGCUGCUCUUUCUCCUCUUCAUGGUUCACGCCGCCUCCUUGGAUGGAGCGUCUGCCAACCCCACUGUCUCUCUCCAGGAGUUCCUGCUCCUCGAAUCCGGCCCCACAGCCACUGCUGCCAAGCUGCUGGCCCAGGCUGUGGGCGUGGGGACAGGCUGGGCCAUCACCAAGCUCUACUGGUCCUGGGAACUCACCCAGCUCCACCUCAUCCAGAACUUGAUCGCCUCCGAGUGCAGCUCCUCCAUCCGCACCUCGCUGUACCACGGGGCCUUCGUGGAGGGUGCCUGCUCUUUCCUCUUCCACCUUGUGCUUCUCAGGUUGCGGCGGAGCCGUGCUGCGUACCGGGCGCCUGCCCUGGCAGCCACCGUCACCUUCCUGACCUAUGCAGCCGUGAUGACCACAGGGGCUUUCUUCAACCCUGCCCUGGCCGUGGCCACCACCUUUGCCUGCGCAGGGAGCAGCCUGCAGGACUACGUCCAGGUGUACUGGCUGGGGCCCCUCGCAGGGAUGCUCACUGCCCUCUUGCUGCACCAAGGCAACAUCCCAAGACUCUUCCAAAAAAACCUGCUUUACGGACAGAAGAGCAAAUACAAGAUACCCAAGGCAAGGCUGGCACACGCGGAGGGCGGAGAAGAGCGGCGGAAGGGGAAGGGCGAGAAGAGCAACCCUGCACCUCGCGCCUGAGCCCGUGCAUCCUGGC